AUGUUGGCAGCUCUCGUCGGGUCUAGAUCCGCGGCACCUCCAUACCCGGCCAAGGUGAGGUGGGGUAUUAACAGCUUGGCCGCUCAAUGCGGCAACUGGAAUGUGAUUGCCCGAAAGCAGUGCCAAGAGCAGUGCCGCUGGCGGUGCCUGGCUGCAGGGGCUGCGCUCACAGCAUGCUGUGCUCGCCGACAGCAUCGCAAAAAGACGAGGACUUCAGAAGCCCUGUACGUGAGUUUGGAGGAUGCCGUAAUUGAGGAGCCUCUGGAAGAGCCGCAUGUGUCACAGCUGGCCUCUGUGUUUCAAAGUUUAGUUGGAAAUGGCAUGGGCGUGAUCCCCACUGAUACUCAGCACGCUUAUGUUACUCCUGUGAACAGCAAGAGUGGCGUACGCCGGAUCUACGACAUCAAAGGCGUGGCAGCAGACCA